AUCCGCCUCCGGUAGUCGACGUUGCCUCUGCCUCCAGUCUUCGCCGCUGCCGCUCGACGCCUCGGCCUCCGAUCGUCGCCGCCUCCCCCAGAUCGGCCUCCGUUCCUCUUCAUCCAGCUUCGCCGACCGACUUUCAGUUUUUAAAAUUUCAGCCCCCCCAACCUAAAUUCCUGGGUCCCCCCCUGUCUUUGGUGUUCCUCAUCUCUGGCGGCUGUGUGCAUCUCCUUCGUCCCUCAUCCAUUGCCGCUGCUUCAUCUUCCUUGCUCCGUUCACCCUGUCAUCUUCGGCCUCACAGCAUUCCAUCGCCUCCGUCUUCUUUGCUGCUGCCACUGCUUCUGCUAGUCGGCCAGCGUCCCACUACGGCAUCACGGCAAUUCAGAUUUAAGAGAGUCCCAACACUUGCGUCUAUUCAAAAGAUAAGGUCGCCCUAAUGGACAACAUUGUAGAUUCUUUAAGCAAUGCGUAUCAGGAAUUUGUUGCUGCAGCAGCUGGUGUGCUUGAAGCCAGGGAGAGUUCUGGCGGCCAGAAAACAGCAGCUACAGAUGCAGCUCUCGAAAACUUUAAGCAGCGUUGGGAGCUCUUCAGAGUGGCUUGUGAUCAAGCCGAAGAGUUCGUUGAGUCUGUCAAACAAAGGAUAGGGUCGGAGUGCCUGGUUGAUGAAGCCACAGGUUCAGUUGCUGGGAAGCCGGGGCAGGCUGCCACAGCGGGGCUUCCGCCAAUCAGUGCCGUUCGGUUGGAACAAAUGAGCAAGGCUGUUAGAUGGCUAGUGAUUGAACUGCAGCAAGGAUCUGGAAGUGCAGGCGGUUCAUCACACCCCCACCCUUCUGCUCCUUUUGAUGCCCGAUUCUCUGAAGAUGCAGCUCAAUAGAUCGAUCCCAUGGAAAAUCAAGUUGCCUAUGUUUCUGAAAAAAGAAAUCUAGUUUUUAUUGUUUCAGUUCUAGUAAUUAGCUGUGUAAGUAUUGCUGUUAUAAUGGUGCAACAAACUCCUCUUUUAAGACUAGCAUUGUUCAAGUUCUUUUGACUUCUUGGUAAGCUACCGGGAUGAGGUGCUGGCUGGUUGAGUCCUGGAGGAUUAUUCAAUGUGUAUCUUACAUGGAGUCGCUGUACAAAAUUUUAAGAUUAUAUUUAUAUUGAAUAAUAAAUAUGAAAUAUUCUUUUAGAAA